GCAGAAAUAAAAAUUAUAAAUAAAUAAAUAAAUAAAAAGACAUACAUAAUCAAAGGGAAAGUUCAAAGUCUUCCACGCUUUUUCUUUCUGUGGUUACCUCUCAAAACCCAAAUUAUUCUCAUCAUCUUUUUUCUUUGAUCCUCCUAAGCUUCUUUCAGAUGGAGGAAGGCAACAUGAUGUCUGAGGAUAUUUUGACUUCGGCAGUGGCAUUUGUGGAAGGUGGAAUUCAGGAUGCUUGCGAUGAUUCUUGCAGCAUAUGCCUUGAAGAAUUUUCUGAUAGUGAUCCUUCUACAGUGACAGGCUGCAAGCACGAGUUCCAUCUUCAAUGCAUUCUUGAAUGGUGUCAGAGAAGCUCGCAGUGCCCCAUGUGUUGGCAGCCUCUCAGCCUGAAAGACCCUAACAGCCAGGAAUUGUUGGAUGCAGUAGAGCACGAGAGGAACAUCAGGAUGAAUCCUCCAAGAAACACCACAAUCUUUCACCAUCCAACUUUAGGAGAUUUUGAAUUGCAGCAUUUACCUGUAAGUGCAACUGAUUCUGAGCUUGAAGAGCGUAUCAUUCAGCACUUAGCUGCUGCUGCUUCCAUGGGAAGGUCACGCCACCUUGUUAGGAGGGAAGGUCAGCGAGUCAGGUCAUCAGCUCAAGGUCGUCCCCAUUUUCUGGUGUUUUCAACUAAUCCAAAUGCUGCUCCUCCUCCUCCUGCUGCUGCUGCUGCUGCUUCAUCUUCUACUCAGAGGAGUGGGGGUGAACCCACUCCUGAAGUCUCGGUUUCUGGUCAGGAUUCUCCGAUUAUUGCUGUUGGAGAAGGUUCAGGACAACUACUUACUCAACCAUCUUCUUUUCAAGCUGAUGAUUCUGCCUCUGGGUCAGGAUCAAAUGCUGCUGCUAAUCAACUUGGGGCUUCGCCAAACAAUAGGAGGAUUCCUUCUCAAUCUUCUCCUAACAAUCAAGACAGAGCUGGCCCAUCAGAUUUUCAGUCUUUUUCAGAAUCUAUUAAGUCUCGACUUAAUGCAAUGUCAAUGAGAUGCAAAGAAUCUUUAACCAAGAGUUCAAGGGGUUGGAAGGAGAAAUUUUUCUCUCGCAACAGUUCAACAUCGGACAAUGUUCCUGAAUCUAGGAAUGAAGUCAGUGCAGGUGCUGCCCCUGUAUCAAACAUGAUGGAGCAUCCGGAAACUACAGAUAGCAGAACCAGUUCAGGUGUUGCCCCUGUAUCACACAUGAUGGAGCAUCUGGAAACUACAGAUAGCAGAACCAGUUCUGCUGAAUCAAAUGCAUUGGGGGGUAAUUUACCUGUCGGACAUGCUGAGCAGCAUAUACCUGAGACUGAUGAUACCCAUUCUUUAAAUGAGGAUGAUAGACAAGCCCCAUGUGCUGCAAGUUCCGGUUCAAACUAAGUUUUAGAUGAGUCAAAGCAUUUUCUCUUAAAGGUGGAUACUCUUGCCAGCAUCAAUGAUAUAUGGUGUGCAUCUUAUUGGAUCUGUGGUGAAACGCUAUUCCGUUGAAGUGCAACACUGAAUGUAAUCUGCGUCAAUAAAUUGGAGGGAUUGAUGUCCUAAUUUUGUGCAAGCUGUGUAUAUGUAUGAUAAUAUAGAUGUAAAUUGACCCAUUCUGGGUAGUAGGACUAAUGAAUACAGCUGUCCUCAUUUAUCUUACAUGAACCCUCCUUUGUAAUCUUCAUAGACAUUGUUGGACAGUUACUUGACAAGGUUUUCUUGGGAUCCAGUAGCACCACAUGCUCAUUUUUAACAGACCUCAAUUAGUUAACUUCAAAUGUGUAGAUUGAUUAAUCAUUUUGAAGGUGCCUUGUGUAAUGUUUAGUUGUAUGAUUUGUGAUCAUAUAAAGAGACUUCCUAGCGUUUUGUGUA